UGUUGUCACAUACAAGGGUAGAGAGAGAGAGAGAGAGAGAGAGAGAGAGAGAGAGAGAUGCAGAGAAAGAGAGGGGGCAAGAACAUGAAACGCAUGUUGUCCUUUUCGCUCUCCAAGACUGCUCCUCUUUCUGCAGACAAUCCCGACCGCCGUUAAUUAAGACAAAUGUGCGCCGCGGCUCCGCAGAUAAUGACCGGAGCGCCUGGAUUUCUGCACACGAGGAGGAAACUGCGGGCCAUGGCACUGUCAGUACCCGCAUUGCAUCACGGACACGACACCAGGUACCCCGCUGUCUCCCUCCCACCUCAACUGGAGCCGAAGAGGAGACUGUAGCAUCUUAUCAUAGAGUUGCUUUGCCUCACAACCCCAUGCAGCUGCGCUGUCAGGCGGCUGGCUGUUGUCUUUCCUGGUCUCCAAAGCCAGCCAGUAGCUGCCUGCGCCGCUGUGCGCUGCUGUGGAGGCGCAAAACCGGCAAUUACGCGCCGUGUUGACAACUUUGGCGCGGUACUGUAUGGAUUGCGCAUCAGCAACAGGCCAGUCUCUGGGAUCUACGGAUAUUUUUCUCCGUUGGUCUUAAGUCUGAUUCUCCAGGAGUCAUCAGCUGCCCGACCACAUCAACCAUUAGGUGUGCGCUGCAACCUGUAGCUGUGUGCCCUUUGAUUUAAGUCAUCGUUCCGCCAAGGCGCAAUGGAGGGACACAGCUGACGCUUUUGAAUCAUUAGCCCGAGAAGGAGACAAGAAAAAAAGAAGAGGAAGCGGCCCCUGGGGAAAACAUGUAUGGGCGGUAUACCCAGGAGCUGGGUGUGUAUGCCAAGGAGGAAGCGGCCCGCCUACGAGAUGGAGGGGCGCGGGAUGGUGGAGGACUCCGGAGGAACACCAGUGUUCGCAGUCGUGCUACAGAUCUGCUGGAGUAUGAGAAAGACCCCUGUGCAAAGUGCCAAUUGUGUGCGUCCCGCUGCCAGAAGUUCCUGAUCUCACGGGUGGGGGAGGAUUGGAUCUUCCUCAUUCUGCUGGGGCUGCUCAUGGCUCUGGUCAGCUGGGUCAUGGACUACGCCAUCGCCUUCUGCCAAGAAGCACAGAAGUGGAUGUAUGGGGGACUGGACAGUAACAUGCUUCUACAGUACAUCGCCUGGGUCACCUACCCCGUAGUGCUCAUCACAUUCUCAGCAGGAUUCACACAGAUACUGUCUCCUCAGGCUGUGGGUUCAGGUAUUCCUGAGAUGAAAACAAUUCUGCGGGGGGUGGUCCUGAAGGAGUACCUGACUUUUAAGACAUUUGUGGCCAAAGUCAUCGGCCUGACCUGCGCCCUGGGCAGCGGGAUGCCUCUGGGAAAGGAGGGACCCUUCGUUCACGUUGCCAGCCUAUGUGCCGCCCUCCUGAGCAAAUUCAUGGCCGCUGUUUUUGGUGGGAUUUACAUGGAAGAGGCCUUUGAGGGAAGCAAGAACGAGCUGAGGAACACAGAGAUGCUGUCAGCUGCCUGUGCAGUGGGUGUGGGCUGCUGCUUCGCUGCCCCGAUUGGAGGGGUGCUGUUCAGUAUUGAGGUCACUUCAACGUUUUUUGCCGUGAGGAACUACUGGAGGGGCUUCUUUGCUGCCACCUUCAGUGCCUUCAUAUUCAGAGUGCUAGCAGUGUGGAACCAGGAAGAAGAGACCAUCACUGCUCUCUUUAAGACCCGCUUCCGCCUGGACUUCCCAUUUGACCUUCAGGAGCUACCAGCGUUCGCCAUCCUCGGGAUUGCCUGUGGUUUUGGUGGCGCUCUCUUUGUCUACCUGAACCGGCUGAUUGUAGAGUGCAUGAGGAAGCAGAAGACUAUUAACAAGUUCCUGCUGAGGAAGCGUCUAGUGUAUCCGGCACUUGUCACCCUGCUGAUCUCCACCCUCACGUUCCCUCCAGGCUUUGGGCAGUUCAUGGCUGGACAGCUGACUCAGCACGAGUCUCUAGUCGCCCUGUUCGACAACCGUACGUGGUGCCGUCAGGGUGUGGCAGAGGAGUUCGACUACAUCAGCCACCACCAUGCCUGGAAACACCCCCAGGUCAACGUCUUCAUCACGCUCAUCCUCUUCAUCAUCAUGAAGUUCUGGAUGUCCGCUGUGGCCACCACUAUGCCUGUUCCAUGCGGGGCCUUUAUGCCAGUUUUCCUUAUUGGUGCAGCAUUUGGCAGACUGGUCGGAGAGAUCAUGGCAUCCAUGUUUCCUGAUGGUAUACAUGCUGACGGCAGUGUGUAUCCCAUAGUUCCUGGUGGCUAUGCUGUAGUUGGUGCUGCAGCGUUGUCUGGAGCAGUCACCCACACUGUAUCCACAGCGGUCAUAGUGUUUGAGCUGACUGGUCAGAUCUCCCACAUCCUGCCUGUGAUGAUCGCUGUGAUCCUGGCCAACGCCGUGGCUCAGGCGCUCCAACCAUCGCUGUACGACUCCAUCAUCCGCAUCAAGAAACUUCCUUAUCUGCCUGAGCUGGGCAUGGGGCACCACGAGAAGUAUAAUAUCCGUGUGGAGGACAUCAUGGUCAGGGAUGUGCGCUACAUCACUCUUACCUCGUCCUAUCGGAACCUGCGGGAGAUGCUGCUGACUGCUCAGCUUAAGACACUGGCUCUGGUUGAAUCUAGAGACUCAAUGAUCCUCCUUGGCUCUAUAGAGCGACUGCAGCUCCAGUCUCUGCUCUCGCUUCAGCUGGGCCGCCAGCGCAGACUAGAGUACCUCCGCCAGCUGGCCCAGGACAACGGCACCCACGACCAGCUGCCAAGCCUGACCACUGACAGCACCCCCAGUUCGCCCUGCACCCACACCCACGCUCACAUCAACGCCGCCACCAAUACCAAUGCUCGCCAAGGGGUCCGCUUCCUGAUCUCCACAGAGGAGUCUUCCUCCUUCAGCCCAGUGGUUUCCAAUGUACAGCUUCCUCUGAAAUCUGCCUUGAAAACUGUGUCUGCCAUCAGCGACACGGAGACGCCAAAUAGCUCUCAGACCAUCUCCUGUGCUGACCAAGAUCAGGAGCUGCUGGAGAGCCCGGCAGGGCCGGCUCCUCCUGAAAAAAGAAAGCCCAAGCCUAAACGUGUGAGGAUCUCCAUGGCGGACUCCACUGAAGUAGAAGACUGCAUGACCCCAACGGACAUCGCAGAGUGGGAAGAGCAGCAGCUGGAUGAACCGGUGGAUUUCAAGAACUGCAAGAUUGACCCUGCCCCCUUCCAGCUGGUGGAGCAAACAUCCCUGCACAAGACUCACACCAUCUUCUCUCUGCUGGGUUUGGAUCAUGCCUAUGUGACCAGCAUGGGACGUCUGGUUGGAGUGGUCUCUCUCAAAGAGCUGCGUAAGGCCAUAGAGGGCUCAGUGACAGUGACUGGAGUGAAAGUGCGCCCUCCUUUGGCCAGUUUCCGUGACAGUGGGAACACGACAAGCGUAUCUGAGGUGACAGAACUCCACAAACUGUGCAUCCGCCACAGGGGGCUCUCAUUGCCACGGGAACCCAACCCUCCUGACGUGGAGGAACAGCCAGAUCUCCCAUACAAAGAGAUCCCUGUUAACUUCUCAGACCAAACAAAUUUGCAGUUUGAAACUAGCCCCGGUGACAUCACAGAUCAGUCAUCGGAGUUGGUGCUUCAGGAAAGCCCCUCGUUCACAGAGGACCAAUCGGAAUUUACUUUUGACUGCAGCCCCUCCCACACUGAGGAAUCAGAGCUGGGCUGUGACUAUGACCCCCCUCUACAAACCCCUGAGCCCGACGAAACAGAGCAAGAGCAGGGGAGUCCACCUCUGAACAAGGACCACUUAGAACCUGAGGGCGAGGGUAGCCCAGGCCACUCUGAGGAUCAGUCAAAGUGAUCAGAGGGGAUCCAUACUGUCGCCUCAUGAAUGUUGACGUUUCUUACAUUUGUAGAGGUCACUUUCAUCUCCCAGGUCCAGCCUAGAUACUUGUAUUUAUAUAAUGUUGCUCUGGUGUGAGUGAGUGAGAGUGAGCAUGAGUAGAUGUGACAACUUAGUAUUGUGUUUCAAACUGUUUUAAAUGCUUAUUUAAAAGAUGGGGCUGGUGUUAUUCUUUAUUUUUAUUGCUGUCAACAAAUCCCACGAGAAUACCAAAAUCAAGAAUGGGUUAAAGGUCCCAUACCGUCUUUUUUUGAUUAUAGAGUAGGUGCUAUUUAAAUACUGUCAAAAUGCUCAGUCCACAGAGAAAUGUACAUAGCCUGUAUUCAGAAACUCUGCCUUUAAUCAAGCCGUUUGGACUUCCAUAAGGUUGUGACGUUGCAACUAUAUGCUAGGGCUGUCACUUUUUAUUCGAUAUUUGAAACAUUCGUUUGAACAUGACGUGAAAAAAUCAUAUUUAAAAUAUAAUGAACCCAUUCAGAUUUUAAAAUGUCACCUGUAGUUCAUUAGGCCAUUUGUUUGUAUUUUGUUGUUUACCAUUUCAGCCAGCAGUGGUUUGUAGUCUAUAAUAUGCACCCUCUUGAUCCAUCUGUAAAUUAAACCAAUGAUAUGUUUUGUUUGGAGAAUGGAAGACAUGAAGAGCAGUCACAGAAUGGAUGACUAUGACCCCAAAUCAUCUGAAAAGCAGUGUCUGUACUGUGUGUGUAAAAUAAUGUUAAUUCGUCUAAGGCACUAAUUUAGCGGUUUCUGGAUCUGGGCAGUAGGUUUACUUCAUCAAUUUGAUAAGCUAUUAUUUACCUAAUUUAUAUUAUUUACCUAAUUUAUGUGCACUCAUUAGAUUCAGCUCAAUUUGUGAGUCUACUAUGUUUUGCUGUCAUUUAAGGUUG